AUGACGACGUCACGCGAUGGGGAGCCGGAGACGGGCGCGAAUAUCCACCGCAAGCGCCCGCGCGAGGCGCCGCCGCAGUGGAGCCCCGACGCGAGCCAGGAGCUGCUGCGGCUGCGCUUCCGCCAGCUGCGCGCGCUGUUCGACGACGCCGAGACGGUGGCGGACGUGCACGAGGCCUGGGGGGUCGUGUCGGCCAGGCUCAAUGAUACCGACGGGCUGCUGGACGCGCAGGUGGACGCCGUCAAGUGCAGCGACCAGCUCACGAGGCUGCGCCAGCAGUGGCAGGACAGCAGCACGGCGCAGCUGCACCUCAUGAUGGCCGAGUGCUUCAGCAAGAGCAAGGGCGAACCGGUUAGACGCAGCUUUAACAGGGCGAUGGAGCAGGCCAUGGCGCAGGAAGAAGAGAGCGCGAGGGUGGAGACAUCUCCGAAGCGGACGAAGACGGCGGAGACGACGGCUGUGCCAACGCCGCCGCAGACCGAGACGACGGUGGUGGUUGUGCCAACUUCGCCACCACUAGUAGAGCCAGUGGAACCACCUCCAUCUCCAUCUCCACCGUCUCUUCGGGAAGAAGUACAGGACUCACCCGAGCCAGCGUCGUUGUCGCCUGAGCCGGUUCCACAGGAAGAGGGGGGACACGAAGUGCCAGCUGAAGACGAAGAGUUCCCGAGGCAGAACGAGAUCAUGCACGCUCUGGAGAGACGCUCUGAGCAGCUCGAGAGACUCGCCAAGUCCCACCAAACGCUGGCUGAAGCGACCCAGAAGCUCAUGGAAGCGCUAGUGAACCGGCACCUGGGUUUCGUACUUACUCGAAGUAUCUGUUGGCUGGGCGUCAAUUCGUGCGUGCCGCUGCAAGCUCCGUCCGCCGCCAUGUUCAAGCGCUUCAGUGUGGACGAGCACGUGAGCACCAGCAGCAAGGUCAAGUCCUCGCAGCAGCGCAGCAUCCGCUCCAAGGUGCUGGAGCAGUACCCGGACCUGGAGCCCUACGCCGAGAUGCUCAUGCCCAAGAAGGCGCCCAUGGUGGUGGCCAAGUGCCACAACCACAUCCAGAUCGUGCUGCACGAGGGCGAGCCCGUCUUCUUCAACCAGCGCGACGGCCCCUUCAUGCCCACGCUCAAGCUGCUGCACAAGGUGCCGCACGUGAUGAAGCAGGUGCGCGCGGACAAGGGCGCGAUCCCGUUCGUGCUGUCGGGCGCCAACGUCAUGUGCCCGGGUCUGACUUCGGCCGGCGGCGACAUGCCCGAGCCUCUCGAGGCUGGCACCCCCGUGGCUAUUAUGGCGGAGGGCAAGGAGCACGCCAUGGCCAUCGGCAUCCUCACCAUGUCUACGGACGACAUUCGGAACAAGAACAAGGGCAUCGCCAUCGAGAUGGUGCACUUCCUGGGCGACGACCUGUGGACGUGCCCGCACAUCGAUUAGGCAGCGAGCAGAUUGAUUGGCCGAGUAGAAGAGCACUUGAUGGUCCAGUUACUCUGACGUGAACUCAAC